AUGACACGGAUGGCAACGCAUGGCAUUGAUCAUGUCACGAUUGUUAUGGCUUUAAUUGCGAAGAUUGAUACCUAUGGCAUCAAGGAUGGAUUAAUGUACAAUGGUCUUUUGGACACUGGUGCCAUUUAUUACAUGGAUGGGUUGGCAACACGCAACUAUGACGAUGUCUUUAUGACCCAUGUGGGAACCAAGGCACAAUUGCAGGCGUCUCUUUAUGUUGACAUCGCAUCGCAUUGGCGUCAUGUGCAUCAAAAUGAUCUUUCGAGGAGGCUUUCCUGUUAUAAUUCGGCAUCAUCAAGGUUUUCCAAUUCAAUGGCAUGA